CAGUGCCAUCUGCUCACUCAACAGGCUGCAGAUGAUCUGAAAGCCGAACUGGUCAGACAGUCGAAGGAAAAGGUCCGUGGCCGAGAAAUCGGAGAAGGAAAUACAAGAUGAGAAUCCGUUCUGGAUCCAACUGAGGAUGGGAGGACGGCAGAAUUUCAUGAGCGCGGAGGCUGUCGCGCGUUCCAAGAGUUCUUCGUCGUGCUUGCAAAAACACCGACCGACCGAGCGUAUAUCUUGGCUGAUUAUUCUUCUGAACAUGUUCGUGUUGCACGGAUGUGAAACCUUGCGAGUGUUGAUAAUGGGGAACUAGCGUACCAAAACGGUGAAGUAGAUUUUCACGGAUUCAGAUCUCAUGGACUCACAUCGUCAGUGCAAUCCAAUACCUGCAUUGUUUGAUCCGUAUUAAAAAACUGCUUCGACAUUACAACAUGUUUUGUUGUGAAGUGAAAUGCACAUGGAACUUGAAGAAGGUCGUGUUAUUCUCAUCUCAUAAG